AAACAAGAAUGAAAAAAAUACAGCCUACCGAUUUACAAGCCAAUUAACCAACAACGUAAUGAAUUGUAACAAUUCAUACAGGUUUACGUUACGAUUUUAUGAUUAAAUUAUUACGUCAUUGGUGAUAUAGAGCGACUGUAUGUGAAACCACAUGGCUGAAUAAAGGCACAGUCUGCCUAGUAGACAACCUGCGUUUUUGAGGUAUUAUAGAAUGAACGAAUAAAAAUGACCAACAACUCAUCAAUACUGAAACCAUCUGGUGGCGAUGAUGACCGACUGUCAGAUCUUCUAAAAAAUGACGUUUUCGUGGAUUUCUUUAACACGUUUCUGAACCUACCGGUGUUUGGUCAAACUCCUCUCUUCUUUCUGUCGGACAACGAAUGGUUAACUUGUCCUGAGCUACUUCAAGGCCAGGAGGUGAACAGAGGAGGAUUUCAGAAGUGGUUGACUGCUCAUCGCUUCACCUUGUUCAAGGAAACAGAGUUGUUCCAUUACUACACUCUCUGUAAAGAAUUCUUGGAGUUCUCAAACCAUCAUUCAGAAGUGUUGAAAUGGACAACAGCGGACCAGUGGCUACUAAGGAGAUGCAUUGGGAGUGGGAGAGGGAUGAGACGAUUCAGCACUUUCAUCAAGGGCACUUGUGGGAAGGAGCUGGUGUCGUUCUGUGUGAGAGUGUCCAGGUUGUUCAACAUGGACUGUGAGGAUGCAGGUCAGAAACACAGAUACCGGGCCCUGCUGACUGUCAUCAGAGCCAUCCAUCUCACAGAGGGAUCCAGCAUCAUGGCUAUCUGUCACAUACCACGAGAUACAAUGAUUAGCAUUCUAUCCAGUGAGCUACCCGACAGUGCCAGAAAGCAGAUCAUCGGUCAGAUGUAUAACAAAGCUUUACAUCGGCUGCAGCUCUAUUGGCUUCCUCAGUUUCUAAGAUACUGCAAGGACUCACUCUGGAGAGCUGCAGAGUGCAGCCACAUCGUUCAGGAGUACAGCGCCAUCACAUCCCACUCUGCUUCUGAGGAUGUGCCUGGUACACCUGCUCAACUGGACCCAGGCCUGGGACAGGUGAAGGAGGCAGAGCUGACUGGGAGUGCAACUGGGACCUACUGUUCCAAAAACACCAAGAGACUCCUCUGGAUGCGCCACGAGGAACCACAGAACAGAUCCAAAAUGGCAGCCCGGGAGACUGAGAAGAUCCAAGAUGGACGUCUCUGUUGCCAGUGGCUUCGUCUUGAGGGUGAAAUAGGCCAGGAACGGUGCACUAAUGCUGUGCAUAGCAGUCAAACCAAAUACCAGAUUGAUGCCACAACUGAACAAUACCUCAACAUGCCUGACGAUGCAAAAUCCCAAACCUGCAACAAACAAACCAGCAAAGUGGAUAACCUCAAGUCCAGCCACAGAAGUGGUAACCUUCUCCCAAACAUUGAUGUUGAAGGGGUCCAGGAGGGAGAAGUACUUAUUCCACACACCUGUAUGGAGACUCCUGCCUACUACCAACCGUCUGUCUUACCAGCUCCCCCUGCACCAGCAACUCCAGAGUCCCACCGCUACAACUACCUUCAGCCUGCCCUGUCAGCUGACAGCUUGGCUGGUGGGCCCUUAGCUGCCUUCCUGAGGGCCAGGGGACUGGAGACAGAGCUGCAGCAUCUAGGGCUUUGGCAGGACCUGGACCUGGUCCUUAGCCUGGUGCUCAGGGCCCAGGGAGAUGACUCCCUCCACAGCCAGAGACAGGCUGUGGCCAGGAGGAUCACACACACCUACCUGGGGGAGAACGCAGAGAGGGUAGGCCUCCUGGAGAGCGACACCAGCAGGCAGCUCCGCAGACUCCUGCCCUCUGGAGCAGUCAUACCGUGGAUAUACACAGCCAAACAUGAGAUCUGUAAGGUGCUUUGUGCAUCUUACGAUUCCUUUUUGGACGAAGACGACAAACAUUUCUGCUCCUGUCUGGAGAGUGCCGGUGUGAACUGUGGUCAGAGGUUAUCUGCUAUUGGCCAGAACACAAAAGAGCAGCAGGUCAGGAGGAUGAGGGAGGCUCUGGCCCUUUGUCAGUCCUUUUGUAGCCAUGGAGCCACGGAGCAGCCCUCUGAUUGGCAGGAGGACUGGGCCCUGAUGGCUCUAGAGGACGUGAAGAGAGGAGGGUCUGUCCACCUGCAGUACAAAAAGACUGAGCCACGUGAUCUGCCGUUUGACUUGCUGGCAGUGAGGUACCCAAAGCUGGCACUGGAGAAUCUGAGUGUUAACUAUUUGCUGUAUCAGAAGAAGAAGCCUUUCUCAGACGGCGAAAGCUCUAAGCCAGUAUCCGCUGGUUCCAUGAUGAAGAAAGCCCCUCUGAUGUUGAAGAAAGACAACAGUUUUGUUCGCAUGCCGUCUAUGAGGCCAAGGUCGUUUGGAGAUGUGCUCCGGAACCCUGUGAGUCUGGACUACUUCAAGCGCUUUCUGCGUUUCCACUAUGCCCAAGGAGCGCUGCUCUUCAUACUGGAAGUAGAGAAGCUGAGAGCCAUCGACCGGCCCAAACCUCAGAAGAUCAAAAUCCUCGCCAUCGUGAAUAAGUUCUUACGCCGGGAGGACCCCAUGGGCUACCUGCAGUGCAGUGCUGACAUCAUCUCCCAGGCGGCUCAGAUGAGAACCGUUUCCUGUGAGGUUCUCUACACCAUCCAGGACCUGGUCACCAAGUCACUGGAAGGAACAUGGUUCAAGCAGUACCAAGACACGUUCCCACCCUGUCCUGCUGUGGGCUCAGACUCCUGCCUGAGAGGAGCCAUACUGAAGACCAAACUGGUUCAGGAACCUGGCAGAUUCAGGCACAGUGAUGGCAUCUGCAGGAAUGUAUGGAGAGAAUGACCAUGCUAUGCUACACCAGAAGGCUGACAUGAUCAUUAAGAUUUUCCUCAAGUCAGAGAUCUCUCCCAAACUUAGGAUAAACAUAGCUGAGACCCAGAGGGAUGCCAUCCUGCAGCAGUGCUCCACUGGGAAAGUAGACAGAGGACUGUUCCACCCAGCUAUCGUAACCAUCUUCCCCAACCUUGUCUUCUGCUGGAAAAAGUGACCUAUAGCUAGUGUUAUUAUUGCUUUCACUUAUGUUGCAAUGAUAUUACAGUACAUGCUUGUUACACAUUUUGGUAUUUAGGGAGACCUCUGUAUCUGUGAGCUUAUUUAAUAAAACAUUUCACGGGG